AUUAGUAAGUAAAUCACUCGUUCGCCAGGCAAGGAUGUCCGAUGAUUGUUGCGCGCUCUCGAGGACUGGGAAGCUGCUUGUGUACAUCGAGAAGUCGCAGGUUACUCAAAACAACUGAUGAAUGUCAGUUCGAUCCUGCUGCUACCGCUUUGACUGUAAUGGCAAUCGAUCGGAGCGCAGUUCCAAAUUGCAAUGAGGCGGCGCUGGUUUGCUCAGAACGAGGAGGACAGAUCGACUUGUGAUGUGAUGUCUUGAGACAUCAGUUUUCUCUAGCUGCUCUCCAGCUCGCCGAUAUACUCUCAAAUCUGCUCGUAUGCUGUUUGGAUUGGGAACCCAUGUCCCACCAGUUCGAUUCUCUUCAGAACUUUGAUUGGUCGAGUCAUGCGUGGGCGUUGCUGGUACAGACAUUUCUGCUCUCAUCGACAAGUUCGAGCGAGCAGAAGCAGAGAGCCCGAGUCGUGUUCCUCGAAGGGAACUUCGCCGCCCCGAAAGAACGAGUGGAAGCGACGUCCAACAACUGUAGCAGAAGACGCGGAUGUGAGAAAAUGGAACAUGACUAUCACUGCCCACAUGCGUGACGGCCAGUGCGAGUCGGCUCUUCUCAUCUUUAACUCGAUGCCCCAUCGGAGUGUCAUCUCGUACAAUGCGAUGAUAGCAGGGUACUGGCAGAAUGGCGAGUUCGGUCGCGCUAUAGAGAUGUUCGAAAAAAUGCCGGAGAGGGAUCUGGUUUCUUGGAAUUCUAUGAUUAGUGGGUACAUGAGGAAUGGAGAUGUUUCUGCUGCUAUUGCGUUGUUUCGUCAAAUGCCUGCGAGGGAUGUUGCUUCUUGGAAUGCACUGUUGUCGGGUUACGCGCGAAAUGGACUAGUGGAUGAGGCGAGAGAGGUCUUUGACGAGAUGCCUUGCAAGAAUAAUAUAUCUUGGAACUCGUUGCUUACUGCAUUUGUAGAGAACGGUAGGAUGGAUGAAGCACGUAAGCUUUUUGAGUUUAAGACGGAUUGGGAGGUAAUUCCUUCGAAUUAUCUGAUGGCUGGGUAUGUCAAGAGGAGGAUGUUGGUUGAUGCAAGACAGCUUUUUGAUCGGAUGCCUUUCAAAGAUGACGUUUCCUGGAACACUAUGAUCGCAGGUUAUGCACAGAAUGAUGACUUGUCAGAAGCAAGAAGAUUGUUUGAGGCCUCACCAGCUCGUGAUGUAUUUGCAUGGACAGCUUUGAUGUCUGGAUAUGUGCAAAAGGGGAUGAUGGAUGAAGCAACACGUAUUUUUGAUGUGAUGCCAGAAAAGAAUAGUGUCUCUUGGAAUGCAAUGAUUGGGGGUUAUGUGCAAUCAAAGGAAAUAGACAAAGCGAGACAGUUAUUUGAGGUGAUGCCUUGUCGAGACAUCACUUCUUGGAAUACAAUGAUCGCCGGCUUUGCUCAGGCUGGUGACAUCUCCAAAGCUAGAUGCAUGUUUGAUCAGAUGCCUCUGCGUGAUUGCAUCUCUUGGGCUGCCAUUAUUUCGGGGUAUGCUCAAACUGGGCAUUUUGAAGAGGCUUUGCAGCUGCUUCUAGACAUGAACAGAUACGGAGAAUGGCCAAACAGAUCGGCUUUGACUUGUUCUUUUAGCUCAUGUGCUGAAAUUGGAGCCUUGAAAUUGGGACAGCAAUUGCAUGGAUACCUGAUAAAAGCAGGAUAUGAAUCUGGAUGUUUUGUGGCGAAUGCACUUCUGGCAAUGUACUGUAAGUGUGGAAAUAUUGAAGAUGCUUACGAUGUAUUUCAUGGUAUAGCAGACAAGGAUUCUGUCUCGUUGAAUACCAUGCUUGCUGGUUAUGCAAGGCACGGACUUUUAAAGGAGGCUUUGAUUAUUUUUGAGUCAAUGAAGGCAGUGGUUAUCAAACCAAAUGCUGUCCGUGGAGGAGGGUAUGCACGUCUGCUGUUAAUGGUUCAUCUGGUUAAGAAAGCUUUAUGUUUCGGUGCUACUUGGGGAGAAACAUUUGAUUGUUUGACUUGCGCUGAGAUGCCAAUCCACUGCUGCUAUGCCGUCUCUACUUUCUCACCGUGCUCUUUUAGGCUGCGUGUUAUGGUACCCUCCGGUUCCAUCUUCGUCCUCACUCUCAUCCAAGUACUGAGAGCUCAAGGGAUGCGCGGGAAUUGCUGGCGCAGACAGUGUCACAUCGAAUGCUCCCUUCGCUCACGUCAGGCAAGUGCGAAGACGAGCUUAAAGCCAUCUUGUUUGAAGCAAACACCACCGUCGUCGUCAUAUUCAUCGCCGGAAAAGAGCAGACCAAAGCGAAGCCCGUGGGUCGUCUCGGAAGUCCCUGCCGUAAUCAGAUGGAACAUGGCCAUAACUUCCCAUAUGCGCAAUGGGCAAUGCGAGGCCGCUCUGAGGGUCUUCAACUCGAUGCCCUGUCGGAGCACCGUCUCUUACAAUGCCAUGAUCUCUGGUUACUUGCAGAAUGACAAGUUCAAUCUUGCCAGGCAAGUGUUCGAUGGAAUGCCCGAGACGGGGAGAGAUUUGGUUUCGUGGAAUCUGAUGAUCUCUGGGUAUGUGAAGAAUAGGGACCUUUUUGCUGCUCGGGCGCUGUUUGAGCGAAUGCCCGUGAGGGAUGUAGUCUCUUGGAAUGCGAUGUUGUCGGGUUAUGCCCAGUAUGGGUAUGUUGAUGAGGCACGGGAGAUAUUUAAUGAGAUGCCAACUAAGGAUGUGGUGUCGUGGAAUGGGUUGCUUGCGGCAUACGUACAGAACGGAAGGCUAGAGGAGGCGCGGAGGUUGUUUGAAUCGAAGAUAGAUUGGGAGGUGGUACCUUGGAAUUGUUUGAUGGCUGGGUAUGUGAAGAAGAAGCGGUUUGUUGAUGCAAGGGAUCUUUUCGAUAGGAUGCCAGUUAGAGAUGAAGUUUCGUGGAAUACGAUGAUUACAGGUUAUGCGCAGAAUGGUGAGUUGUCUGAAGCAAGGAGACUGUUUGAGGAAUCACCGACUAAGGAUGUUUUUGCAUGGACAGCAAUGCUCUCUGGUUAUGUGCAGAAUGGAUUGUUGGAUGAAGCAAGAAGGAUUUUCAAUGAGAUGCCAGAAAAGAAUACAGUUUCUUGGAAUGCAAUGAUUGCUGGUUAUGUUCAAUAUAACAAAAUAGACAUGGCAAAGGAGUUAUUCAAGGCAAUGCCUUGUCGAAAUAUUGGCUCAUGGAAUACAAUGAUCACAUGCUAUGCUCAGAACGGCAAUAUUUCCCAAGCUAGAAGUUUGUUUGAUGAGAUGCCUCAGCGUGACUGCAUCUCCUGGGCAGCCAUUAUUGCUGGCUAUGCUCAAACUGGUCAUAGUGAGGAGGCUUUACAUCAGUUUGUAGAUAUGAACAGAGCCGGAGAAACAUUAAAUAGGUCGGCUUUUACAUGUUCGUUGAGUGCAUGUGCUGAUAUUGCUGCCUUGGAGUUGGGAAAGCAAAUUCAUAGCCGAAUAGUUAAGGCAGGAUAUGUGUCUCGGUGGUUUGUGGGGAAUGCACUUUUGUCAAUGUAUUGCAAGUGCGGAAGCAUAGAAGAGGCUUAUGAUGCAUUUAAAGAUAUAACAGACAAGGAUAUUGUCUCCUGGAAUACUAUGAUUGCUGGUUACGCAAGACAUGGAUUUGGAAAAGAAGCUUUGGUGAUUUUUGAGUCAAUGCAGGCAGCAGGCAUCAAACCGGACGAUGUAACAAUGGUUGGUGUGUUGUCUGCUUGUGCACAUAAUGGUUUAGUCGAGAGAGGGAUGAAAUACUUCCAUACGAUGUAUGAGGAUUACGGUAUAACAGCAAAUGACAAGCAUUACACUUGCAUGAUUGAUCUUCUUGGUCGAUCUGGACAGCUGGUUGAGGCGGUUAAGUUGAUGAAAAACAUGCCUUUUGAGCCUGAUGCUGCAACAUGGGGUGCUCUACUAGGUGCAAGCAGGAUUCAUGGCAACACUGAACUAGGUGAGAAAGCCGCAGAGAUGAUUUUUGAGAUGCAACCUGAGAAUUCUGGCAUGUACGUGCUCCUCUCAAACUUAUAUGCAGCAUCUGGUAGAUGGGCUGAUGUGGGUAGAAUGAGAUUGACGAUGAGAAACAAAGGCGUAAAGAAAGUACCUGGUUAUAGUUGGAUUGAAGUUCAGAACAAGAUCCAUACAUUUUCUGUUGGUGACGCUUUCCACCCGGAAAAGGAUAGAAUAUAUGCCUUUCUAGAAGAGUUAGAUUUGAAAAUAAAGCUUGCAGGGUAUGUUUCAUCAACCAAGUUGGUUUUGCACGAUGUGGAAGAAGAGGAGAAGGAGCAGAUGCUAAAGUAUCAUAGCGAGAGGUUGGCUGUAGCAUUUGGCAUCUUGUCGGUUCCUGCUGGUAGACCAAUCCGAGUGAUCAAGAACUUGAGGGUUUGUGGGGACUGCCACAAUGCAAUAAAAUGCAUUUCGAAAAUUGUAGACAGAUUGAUAAUCUUAAGAGAUAAUCACCGUUUUCACCACUUUAGUGGGGGUUCAUGUUCUUGUGGGGAUUAUUGGUGAGUAUAAAGAGAAAUCUGGUGGAAAGUUAAAUAUGCCAUUAGACAUUUUAUAAGACG